GAAAGAUGGAAGAAGAAGAAGAAGAAGAAGAACGCGCGUUUGAAGGGAGUGGGAAACAGUGGAUUCCAUAAUUAGAAUUAGAAAAAAGAACAAAAGCAGUGAUAAGACGUGAGAUGCAGAAAGAGUGUACUGAUUUGUUGCAGUGGAGGGAGGGGUUCUGGGUUGCUGAGUUCUCCUCUAACGGCUUAUAAGCAACCCGCCCAUAAUAUAUGCUGCUAAAACUCUUCUCCACCCCGCCCAUGGCCGUGGACAUGGCCCCCACUUCUCUCUCUCUCCGUUUUCAGAUCCAAAUUUUUGCAUUUUGGGAGGAGGGUAAUGGGUUUAAGAGCUUUUAAUUGGGUUGGCUGAAUAUGCCCAGUGCCUGUUUGUAAAAAUGCCCAAGAGAGGAGAUCUUGUGGUUUAUUAGGAAAAAAGAUUGUACAAAGAGGAAAAAGAAAUAUUAUUUUUGUUGCAUUAAUGAAAACCAACCUUUUUGUCUUUGGUGGAGGGCCAGGGCCUCCCCCACACUCUCACAGUGAAAGAAAUUAUUAAUAAAGAACGGAGGGGGAAGAGAGGGGGGGGGGGAAAGAUAAAGCCAAGGCAAAGCAAAGGGAGAAGGGGAUGGGGGAGUGUGGGUUUUGUUCUGUCUUCGCCUGUCCCCCCCCACCCACCCACACAUAUACGCACUCUCUCUCUCUCUAACAGUCCAAAAGCCACCAAAGCAUUGGCCUUUUUUCGCCUUUUGCUUCUGUGUUUCCUAUGCAAUUGUCUAUGUCUGUUGCUUCUGCUCCCUCUUCUCAGUACCUGCAAAUGGGAGAGGAAUCAUACUUUGAAUUUCUUGUUAUUAUUUGAUACCCCCCUUUCUUUCUUUCUUUUCCUCUUUUCUUUCUUUCUUUCUUUUUUCCUUCUCUAUCGUUUCAGCCUACUGGGGCUUAGCAUCCAUCCAAACACUACUUUCUUGUUGUUUUCUAUUCAUCUCCUUUCACUUCUCUCCUGUUUUUAGCUUUAUUGGUAUCCCUUCAGGAUAUGUUUUCAGCAUUCUUUACCAUGAUCUGACCUCAUUUCCAGUUCUCUACAGCUUUGGUCUUCUUGUUACCUUAUUGCCAAUUGAUCACUCCGUGCCAUUCUCCUUUCUUGUUUUAGUUCUAUUGCUGCUUAUCUUUUUUCCGUUGGGAAGCAUAAGCAAGACACUUGAAGUAACCCCUGGGUGUUCAUGGAAAUUGAUCUGAACCAAACAGCAAGUGAGGUGGGCAAGAAUGCAUAUUGCAAUGGGAAUUGUGACGAGGGCCGUUGCAAUUGUUGUUUAUCCUCUUCAACUUCUUCAUGUUCCUCAAAUUCUUCGUCAACUCCCGUCUCUUCUUCAACUUAUUUGGAGCUUUGGCAUGCUUGUGCUGGCCCUCUCACCUCAUUGCCCAAGAAAGGAAAUGUAGUUGUCUACUUCCCACAAGGUCACUUGGAGCAGAUUGCCUCCUCAGCCUCCCCCUUUUCCCCCAUGGAGAUGCGCCCUUUUGACCUCCACCCACAGAUCCUCUGCAAAGUCACCAAUGUCCAACUACUUGCCAAUAAGGAGAAUGAUGAGGUCUACACACAACUUACUCUACUUCCCUUACCAGAGUUACUAGGCACUGAUCUAGGGGGCAAAACGCUGGAGGAAUUGGCGUUGAAUGGAGCUGAUGGAGAUGGGAGCGGAGGAUCGCCUACUAGAUCUACACCUCACAUGUUCUGCAAAACACUCACAGCAUCUGACACCAGUACCCACGGAGGGUUCUCUGUUCCUCGCAGAGCUGCUGAAGACUGUUUCCCAACUCUGGAUUACACUCAACUUAGGCCAUCUCAAGAGCUAAUAGCCAAGGACCUGCAUGGCGUGGAGUGGAGGUUUAAACAUAUCUACAGAGGUCAACCCAGGCGGCAUCUGCUCACUACUGGGUGGAGUAUUUUUGUAAGCCAAAAGAAUCUUAUUUCUGGAGAUGCGGUGCUCUUUCUAAGGGGUGAAAAUGGAGAGCUAAGGUUGGGAAUAAGGAGAGCUGUUCGGCCUAGAAAUGGUCUUCCUGAUUCAAUUGUUGGCAACCAAAAUUCUUGUGCAAACGAUCUUGCUUGUGUGGUGAAAGCAAUAUCCACCAAGAGCAUGUUUGAUGUGUUUUACAAUCCAAGGGCAUAUCAUGCACAGUUUAUUAUAUCUUGCCAAAAGUAUGUGAAGAGCAUCAAUAAUCCGGUGAUCAUAGGCACAAGAUUCAAAAUGAGAUUUGAGAUGGAUGACUCUCCAGAAAGAAGGUUUAGUGGUGUAGUUAUUGAAAUUGGUGACAUGGAUCCCUUUAGAUGGCCGAACUCAAAGUGGAGAUGCUUGAUGGUCCAAUGGGAUAAAGACAGUGAUCAUCAAGAACGUGUUUCCCCCUGGGAGAUUGAUCCUUCUGUUGCUCUCCCACACUUGAGUGUUCAGUCUUCUCCAAGGUUGAAGAAACUGAGGACUAGUCUGCAGGCCCCACCUAAUAACCCCUUUACUGGGAGGGGCGGUUUUAUGGACUUUGAGGAUUCAAUUAGAUCCUCUAAGGUCUUGCAAGGUCAAGAAAAUGUAGGUCUCGUAUCACCCUUUUAUGGGCGUGAUACUGCGAAAUGUUCGCUGGAGUUUGAGGUGCGAUCUUCUGCACAACAGAAUCAAGCCUCGGGUGGAGUUGAAAAGCUAAAUAUAGGUGAUUAUGUAAAGGUUCAUACGAACUCUUCUUUCACAGGCUUUAUGGAAUCUGAUAGAUUUCUGAAGGUCUUGCAAGGUCAAGAAAUAUGCUCAUUGAGGCCACCAACAAGAAAAGCAGAAUAUAGUUUAGGUGUUUGGGGAAAGCUUAAUCUCAGUGACAACUCUUUUAACACAUUUCAACCACCAAACUCUGGUUUUUACCACAUGGCGUCAAAUGGCGCUCAAAACAUGUAUUUCCCUCGUAGUGAAAUUUACAGCACUGGCCCAGCCCCCAUGAUGCGCUCAAAUGAUAGCCACUUUCCAAGAGAAAGUGCCUUGUUCAACCCAUCUGCUGUUGAUGCUAGUAUUAUCAGGACUAAAAUGGAAAGGGCUAAUCGUUCAGUAAAUAGGGAGUCUGUACAUCUAGUUUCUGCUCCCCCAACUUUAGGGUCAAAUAUGAGGAGUUCAAAGGAUGAGAAUGCGAAUGAGAAAAACACAACUGGCUGUAAACUUUUUGGCUUUUCCUUGACUUCAGAAACAGCUACAAACUUGCAAAGUUCAGGGAAGAGAAGCUGUACUAAGGUUCACAAACAAGGCAGCCUGGUGGGAAGAGCUAUUGAUCUCUCUAGACUUAAUGGCUAUACUGACCUGCUUUCUGAACUGGAGCGGCUGUUUAGCAUGGAAGGACUCUUAAAAGAUCCCGAUAAAGGAUGGCGAGUACUGUACACGGACAUUGAGAACGAUGUAAUGGUUGUUGGGGAUUAUCCAUGGCACAAAAUAUAUAUGAUUAAGUUGUGCUCAACCUCUUAAUUCCAAACUAGGUAGAGGCUUUUCGAAUAUUCGUUUCAACUUCUAAUAUUGGCAAAUGAUUGUUUUACAAGAUAACGAUUUUUUUCAUCUCAU